AUGGUUGCUUACGUUUCUCAAUUAGCUUUUAAGACUGUCCCACAUUUUGGUAAAAUAUCUACCAAGAACCUAGCAAGUUAUGCUCCAAAUUUAAUGUUAUGGGGUGGUGCUUGGGCAUCCUGUGUUGCUGUUUACACUUCAGGAUGGCCAAUUUUCCAAGAUACUUUUUACAAAAAAUUACCUUAUUUUGGUUCUUACUGGGUUAAGGAAGUUCUACCAGAAGAUAAACAAUACUAA